AUGGUCAAUCUGUCUAAGCUCCUUAACAUUUCUGGUUCAUUAUGGGCUAAUAAAGACCCAUGUUCUUGGAAGGGAGUAGGAUGCAGCUCUGGUAACUCAGCAGUAACUGGUCUUUCUCUAGACAAGUUUGAUCUCUCCAACUCUAAUUUCUUACCUGAAAUUUGCAAGAUUGAAACUUUACAGUCCCUUGAUCUUUCUAACAACCGUUUGAGCUCAAUCCCAGAUGAGUUCAUCAAUGGUUGUGGAAGGAUUGAUGGACUAAAGGUGUUGAAUUUUAGCAAAAAUGGGUUAGUUGGUCCUUUGCCUACUUUCAAUGGUUUUGUUGGGUUAGAAUCUUUGGACUUGUCUUUCAAUUUUUUGACCGGUAAUGUUAGUUUACAGUUAGAUGGAUUGCUUUCUCUCAAAAUCUUUAAUCUUAGUUUCAAUCAGUUCAAUGGUCCUAUUCCUGUAAACCUUGGAAAGUCCUUGCUGUUGGAGGAGCUUCAGCUCUCUAUGAAUGAAUUCCAAGGUACGGUACCUCAAGAAAUUGCAAAUUAUCAGAACUUGAAAUUAAUUGAUCUUAGUUCCAACAAACUUGAGGGGCCGAUUCCUACUAGGAUUGGAAAUCUCUCCAAGUUGAGGUUUUUGCUUCUGUCUGUCAAUAGAUUGAACGGAGAAAUCCCAGCAAACAUUUCAAGUAUCCCAAACUUGUAUCGAUUUGCAGCGAAUCAGAACGAGUUUGGUGGUACAAUUCCCAGUGGAAUUACAAGAUAUCUCAGCUUCUUAGAUCUUAGUUACAAUAAUUUAAGAGGGUCUAUACCGACAGAUUUUUUAUCAGGGUUGAAUUUGCAACUUGUGGAUUUGUCUUAUAAUCUGUUGGAAGGUUCAAUACCUGCAAAGAUAUCUGCGAGCUUGUUCAGGUUGAGAUUGGGAAGCAACAGGCUCAAUGGGUCAAUCCCUUCUUCAUUCGGGACACUUGAGAAGUUGACUUACUUGGAACUGGACAACAAUAGCUUCACCAAUGGGAUACCCCCUGAGUUGGGUUCUUGCCGUAGUUUGGCAUUAUUGAAUUUGGCACAGAAUGACCUUACAGGCCAUGUACCUGCACUGUUGGGUAAUCUCAGCAAUCUUCAAGUUUUGAAGCUUCAGCUCAACAAGUUGGGUGGAGAUAUCCCUACAGAGAUCACUCAAUUGCAGUUGUUGUCGAUCUUGAACAUCAGCUGGAAUUCACUCACUGGUUCAAUACCAUCUUCAAUUUCAAACUUGCAAAGUCUUGCUCACCUGAACUUGCAAGGCAACAAACUUCAGGGUCCAGUACCUGCCACCGUCAACAGCAUGAACUCUUUGUUAGAACUACAACUUGGACAAAAUCAACUAAGUGGAACGAUUCCAAUGAUGCCAGCGAAACUGCAGAUUUCUUUGAAUCUCAGCACCAAUCUCUUUCAAGGAGAUAUUCCAAAAACUCUUUCCCCACUGAAGGACUUGGAAGUUUUGGAUCUCUCAAACAAUGAUUUCUCGGGUAAGAUUCCCGACUUUCUUACUCAAAUGGCAUCUCUAACUCAGUUGAUGCUCUCGAACAAUCGUCUUUCUGGAGUCAUCCCAGAGUUCAAAAAAUAUGUGUCUGUAGAUGUAAGCGGAAAUGCAGGACUUGAAAACAAGACAGCAGCAAACACCCCCCAACCAUCCUCAAAGAAGCGAAAAUCAGUUGCUGUACCAGUUGUUCUUGCAGUUGUUGCUGCUGUUGUUGCUGUUGGCAUUGUCUCGAUUAUAGUUAUGUCAUUCUCCAGACGUUUUCUGAAGGUUAAUGAUCAGCAGUCACAGUCAGAGGAAGAUCUUCCACCUCCUCAAGUCAUCCAAGGCAAUCUGUUGACUACAAAUGGAAUUUACAGGUCCAACAUCGACUUCACCAAAGCCAUGGAAGUAGCUGCUGAUCCAUUGAACAUUGAGUUGAAGACUAGGUUUUCGACAUACUAUAAAGCAACCAUGCCUUCUGGAGCAAGCUACUUUGUCAAGAAGCUCAACUGGAGCGACAAGAUAUUCCAAUUCGGUAGCCACGAUAAAUUUGGACAAGAGCUAGAAGUUUUAGGCAAACUGAGCAAUUCCAACGUGAUGACUCCUUUGGCCUAUGUAUUGACCAUGGACAGUGCUUAUCUCUUCUAUGAAUAUGCUGAAAAGGGUACCCUUUUUGAUGUUCUGCAUGGUAAACUGGGAGAUGCUAUGGACUGGGCAAGCCGUUACAGUAUAGCAGUUGGUGUUGCUCAAGGCCUUACCUUUCUUCAUGGAUGCACCUCUGGUCCGAUUCUCCUCCUCGACCUUUCAAGCCGGAACAUUUUGCUCAAGUCUCUGAAGGAGCCUCUGGUAGGAGACAUUGAGCUCCACAAAGUGAUUGAUCCAACAAAGAGCACUGGCAGCCUUUCGACAGUUGCUGGCUCUGUCGGCUAUAUUCCACCAGAGUAUGCAUACACAAUGAGGGUGACAAUGGCUGGGAACGUAUAUAGCUUUGGGGUCGUUCUACUGGAGUUGCUGACAGGAAAGCCAGCAGUAAGUGAGGGAAUUGAAUUAGCCAAGUGGGUCUUAAAUAAGUCAACGCAGCAAGACAGGUGGGAUCACAUCCUUGAUUUUAACAUCAGCAGAACUUCACCUGCUGUCAGAGGCCAGAUGCUUGCAGUCCUUAAGAUAGCCCUGAGUUGUGUUAGUGUUUCCACAGAAGGAAGGCCAAAAAUGAAGAGCGUGUUAAGAAUGAUCCUCAAUGCUCGAUGA